UAGUGAAUCGACGGUUAUUUUUUAAUUCGUAUUAUUCUCGUUCUAGCUCUCACACGACGAUGUUUCUAUUCGUUUAUACAACGUCGUUUGUCCGUUUGCAUCUAAUACAGUGUUAUAAGUAUACACACUUGAUUGCGUGUCUAUAUAUAAUCGGCGUUUAAAAUAAAUAAAACAUUAUAUUUAUGAUUGUAAAAUAUACAUACUAACCCAAAUAUUAAUUUUUUUUCGGUUCGUCAACGGUAACUUUACAGUUUGUUUCGUACCUAUUUAUACAUCGAGUUGGCGCAAUCAGAUAAAUGCACCUGCUUGCGACCACGAGCACCGUAGAAGCAUAGAAACAGCGAACUUAGCUGAUGAUAAGUUGCACGAGCCUAAUACAAUAGUGAGACCCACCAUAUCUCUUCGCCAGAAAAUCAUACGAUUUUAAAAAAUUGUAAGUGAACAAAUCUACAAUCAAUUAAUAACUUACAUACGCGCAAUUAAAUUAAUUUUACAUUAAGUACAUUCAAUUUUUUUUUUUUUUCCACAUAGUACGAUUUAUAAUAAACUUCCUGUGCAAUUUGUAAGUAUUUCUAUUUGGCCUAACAAUUUCAUCUAGGUACUAUAAGUAACUACUCACAAAAUUAAAAUUACUUAAUUAAAAUAGCUCAAAAUUAUUUUAAAUAUUUUGAACGUUUUACCACGACUAAAAAGGCAAAAUUAUUUUUCUGUCCAAAUUUCAUGUUAGUACGAAUAUUUUUCACUGAAUUAUAAACAAAGUUAAAAACUUAAUAACAAAGCUGUCCUAGGAUAAUGAGAACGGGUGCAGCCGGUAAUUUAAUGUAUAUCUGUUAGCAACGAUUAACCAUUGCUAACGAAAAAACAACUAAACAAAGUGGAGUUCAGUUGACAGUGUAGUUACUUUGGCAACAAUAUACAUUUUCUUUAAAAAUAUUUAUUUAGUAUUGUACCUAUUUUCCGGUUUUUUACGGUUGUCCUUUGUUUUUUCCCGGAUUUCUCAUUUAUUGGGUAAUUAGAAAGAAAAUCAAAAAAAUGACCACCUUUAAGAACCAAUUAAAUAAAAUUUCCUUUCAAGAAAGAUACUAUACUUGAAAAUUGGAGCAAGGGUUUUGGUAAAAAAGUUGCUUACAGAUUAAAAAAAAAAACAAUACGAAAUAAACAUCGUCGUAAAACCAAUACAUUUCUUGCUUCGUUCAAAAUCUAAAAUAAAAACCACGGCAUGAAGGUGCAUACGUAUUAUAUCAACCUUAUAAAACAUUAGCGAUAGAGUAGAUUGGUUUAAUCCCGUGUCUAAUAUUAAUUAUUAAUAUUGAAUUUUAGUCAUUAUAAUAAUAUGUGUUCACGGUCAGAUUUUAAGUGAUCGGCGUACAUUUUGUUGAAUUUUUUCAUUGGGACAGAUUAUAUUAUUAAAUAAAAAAUGAAGCCGAAGCCGCAGACCCACGUGAAACUACAACGAGAACUGGGCCUGUUCAGUGCGUCGUGUCUUCUGGUUAACUUAAUGCUGGGUGAGUGAGCAUUUUUAUAUUAUUAUUAUCUUCCCGUGCGAUAUUAAAAUGUGUUCCGCGAAUUUGUGAUUCUGUCAUAACUACAGUUGCACACUAUAUAAAAGAACAAACAUUAUCUAUGGCUUCAACGCUUCAUAAGAAAAAUACAAAAUUACAUGGUAAAAGGUCAAAUCGGCUGAUCCUUGCGCUCAUGAAACUCGUUUUUUUCAGAAGCUUCGGUCUUUAAUGUCGAGAAAAUUAAAUUCCCACCGCACUAUUCAUAAUGUCAUAUACAAUAACAGGUUAGGUUAGGCAAUAUGAUUCACAAAAAAAGAACACGUUAAUGUCUUGUUAUACCUUUCAAGAAACCCAUUAUGGAGACGAAACUUUCAAAAUGAUUUUCUCUCCCACACAAAUUUGUUUCGUGAAAAUGUUUUACUAAUAGGGUUUAAAAAUAAACCACUUCUUCCCCUAAAAUAUUAUUAUACGCACAUGCCUGCUCAGUAAAAAUAAAGUAAAACAUAGUCUGUUCAUACGUUUAAACGAAUAGGUGCCGAUAAGCUUUUUUGGGCACGGUGGUUAGUAUUAGUGACCACUUCAAUUUUUUGUUUUUUGCACCUAAUAAGAAUUUAUUUUUUAUUAAAACUUAAUAAGUUAACAAGGGUUAAUAAGUUUACCUUAAAUAAGUAGAGGGACUGUUCUACGUAUCUAGGCGCCAGACCAUCAUGGCAUUAUUGUAUAAAAUAUAACUUUAAAUUGUAUUUUUAAUUCACUUAAAAACAUUGUCGUCUGAUGUUUUGGGGGGAAUAGACUUGGGCCUUGGUUACGGAACUGCAGUAUAUGCAAUAUGGUAUGAAUUAUUUCGGAUGAUUAUUUUAUUUGUACUCUCCAUUUUUUGAUUAUGUAAAACAAUACUUAUAUUAUAAUAUUAUGUGUUUAAAAUUGAAGGGUCGGGGAUUUUCAUAUCUUCGGCAAAUACAUUACAGAACACGGGAUCGGUGGGCAUGAACCUAGUCCUCUGGACGUGCUGCGGAAUGCUGUCGCUCAUGGGUAGGUAUAAUAUUAUUAGUACUAAAAGUUAUAUACGAUUUGAUGAUUUAACGAGACCUGAUGAAUUGAUCGCACUUCACUUUACCAGUGUAUAACGACAAUUAAUAAUGUACAUUAUACACUAUACAUUUGUUUAAAGAACCGGAAAAAAAAAAUUAUAUAUUAUAAUAUGGAGUUCGCGUAAAUUGAUUAUGUUCAAUAUUUUCAUAUUAUUUAAUUGUACUCAAUUUUAAAAAAAGACGUCCUAGAAGGAUGGGGACGGGUGCAGCUACUUUUAUGUUAAUUUAAUGUAUACCUGCAAGCAACGAUGAAAACUAUUUCUUACGAAAAAACGAUUCUGAGCGGAGUUCAGUUGAUAGUUAUGCUUUGUCAACAAUAUAUAUGCCAUAUUAUAGUAAAAUAAAUAAAUAGACUCUGUAUAUUUUCUUUAAUAAUAUUUGUUUAUUGUUGAACCGAUUUUCUCGGUUUUCCCAGUUUUUCAAAUUUGCUAAGAAAACUCUGGAAAAAAUGGAAAAACGACCUCUUUAAAGUGCCUUUCCGUAUCGAUUUGCUUUCAGAAAAGUUGCUACACGUAAAAAUUGGAGCAAAUUCUCUGGUAGAAAAGUUGUCCACAGGAAAAAAAAAAAAAUAUCUUUGUAAAACCAUAAGCUUCUUCGUUCCACUCGGAAUCUAAAACUCGUUAUGAAUAAAAUGUACAGUAAGUUAAUGGGCAGGUAGUAUGUAAAAUUGACGUUAUCAAUCGAUAACAUAAUAUGAUUGAUGUAAAUUUCGUUUUCGAUUUUUGUGUUAAUUCAUUACAUAGAAUACGUUAGAGUUUAAAUAAUUAUAAUUGUAUAGGAAUGGGAUUUUCUUUUUCGUGAUGAUGUAACAAGUGCGCAUAAUAGUUUUGUAAUAAAAUUGGAAACCGUGGUCAUAAGUUAUUCUGAUUUUUUGCCGAAAUUUUCGGGUUUAUUAUUCACUAUACCAAAAUAAUAUUUGAAAAAUAACAAUACAAUAUUAUUAAUUAAAGAAUUUUAUUACGUAUACGCAGUGACGUCAUAAUACAAUUUAAUUUUUUCGGAUACAAAUCGUUAGAUUUGUUUUUUUUUUUUUUUAUAGAUACCAACGAACAACAUUUAAAUUUCAGGGCUUAUAAUCGUUCGAAUUCCCACGUUCGCCUCUAAAUAAUUAUAUCCAGUCCAUCAUUAUUCUUCUUAUUCGGUUUCCGAGAGUCACCGCGACUUAUUUUCGUAACACAUAUACCCACUUUCAUCUAUCCCUAUGUAUCUUCAGCUAAUGCUUAUAGUCCGUCAUGUACCUAUUCCAAUAUCUAAUAGAUUUAUCCUGCCUUUGCCUGUCCACCAUUUUUUCAACCUACGCAGCGGUCUCUUGUCAUUAGAUUUCCAUUCCGGAACCUGUUUACGGCCUAUUAUCAUAAAAAAAAAAAAUAAAUAAGUAUUAUACAAAUUAUAUAUAUUUUUUAUUUUUUUGCUCGCAACGUCUGGCCGCAGGAGCCAUGUCGUACGCCGAGCUGGGCACGAUGGUGAACAAGUCCGGGAGCGAGUUCGGCUUCUAUCUGUACGCGUUUGGCGACUUGAACAAGUUCUGGGGACCGUUGCCCAGUUUUGUGUACUCGUGGGUGACCAUCGUGUACAUCAACCCGGCCGCCAUGGGCAUCGUCGCACUGACAUUCGCCGAGUACACGGUCCGGCCGUUCGGCUUGCGGACCAAUGAGGAGUCUACGGCAGCUUAUUCGCCCGAAGUCGAACACAUGCUCAAGAAGGCCGUCGCCCUGGCUGCUAUAUGUAAGUGUAAUGUGUAUACACAGAAAUCACAUAUAUUGCUCUUAACUUUAACGCCAAGUUAACGCGGUUAGUUUACCAACAAAAACAAAAUUAUAUUGUCAACUAUUACAAUAUUAUCUGCAGUGUUAUCACUUUAAACGGUCAACUACGAUCUUUUAAUUUGCCUUCAGUUUUAUAACAUUUUAAAAUUUCAAUGACCAUCUCGAGGGUUAGACUUCCCUAUUAAUUGAAUGCACGGUACCUGUUUAAGGGGAUGAGGUACGGCCGUUUUCACGGAAGAAUAUUAGAUUUCAGGCCAAUGAACUGGAGUCAAAUUCACACAUUACCGCUUGACCAUAAUGGGUUUACAUUUUUUUUCUUAAAUAUAAACUCGUACUUAAAAAUGCACCAAAACAUUUUUUUUUUUUAUGUUUUCCCUACAAAACAAUAAAAAAAGUAAGUAUACGAAAUCAGAUAAUUUUUCAAAGCUGAAAUUAAACUACCGGAAAUCUGUUUAUUCACUCCAGAUUAUUGGUUUACUGUAUGAAAAAACAAAUCUCUUUUAUUAGUCUUAAACAUUUCCCUCUAAAUUGUUUUUGGUUGUAGAUAAAUAAUUGCGUUUAAAACAUAUUAAUCUCAACGUAAUAUAUACGGUAAGUAAAAUGUGGAAUUGUAUAGAUAUACAAAUUGCUAAAAAAUAUUAUUAUUCAAAUUAUUUAUACCUUUAUAACUACCAUAAAAAAAUUUAUUCGUGAAUGAAAUCUAUUUAUAAAUAAAAAUGUUCUCAAAUCUACCGAUUACGUUCAACGCGGCGAACACUUAAUUAUUAAUUUUUCGUUUUAGGCGUCAUAACGUUUAUCAACUAUAUCAGCGUCAAGGUUUUUGUCAAAAUUCAAAACGUGCUUACCAUAUCCAAAGUCACCGUCUGUAUAGUGAUCAUCGUCGCCGGACUCUAUCAAAUCUACUUGGGUAGAUAUACUUAUUUAUGCAAUAUUUUUAAUAAUUACGCAUGAAUUAUAAACUAUUUCCGAAUAAUGUAACUUAACUCUUAAGAUAAAUUUGAUUGCGUUUGGACCGUUAGCGACCGUUGAAAAGUGAAUAAACUGUUUUAUAUUUUGUUGUGCCAGAACUAAAGUAAUUCUUAUUAUAUAACUGGUUAUUGAAGUUUUAAAUUUUACUUUGAUGUGAUUUUUAAAUAUUUGUUAAGACAAAUAAUGUCUGAACGUACAAUUGUAUUAUUUGAAAAACCGAACAUACUUCAAUGUAAAUAAUUUGUGUGAUCAUUUUUACUAACCGAAAAAAUAUUUUUCGAAAAAAAAAACCCACACUCUUACUAAUACUGCAAGUAUGUAGCUUUAUAGCAACACUGAAGAUCUAUGAAUGAGUUAAGUUAGCUAUAGUUAAUUACAAAACAAAUUGUUUGUUUAAUGCAUAGGAAAAAUCCAAACUUUAAUGACCGGUUUUGAGGGUACGAAACUAUCGAUAGACUCGCUGUCUAUGGCUUUUUACAGCGGACUUUGGGGAUUCGGCGGAUGGUAAGUGUUACAAUACCCCUAUGCUAUAAUGUAGUCGUUAAAAUACUAUUAAUCCUUUGAUUUCAAUAUAAACCGUGCGAUGUGCACGUCACUGUAGGACCGCUGUGACCGAUGUCUUCGAAGAAAUCAAAAAUCCCGAAAGGUACCCUGGGUUUGAUCGAUAUUACUAUUUUGUAUAAUAAACCUUUACCUCGUUUUACAGAAACAUAUUGUUGAGUAUUCUCCUCACGAUACCGUUCGUCACGUUGAUUUACGUUUUGAUUAACAUAUCGUACUUGACGGUCUUAUCGAUCCCGGAAAUGAUUUCCGUUCCAGCCGUAGCAGUCGUAAGUAUAUUAUUAUAAUAGACGUGUGACAAUAUAAUUAACAUUUUUUAAAUUUUUUUUAGGAAUUCGGUAUCCGAGCAUUGGGGAUUUUCGGUUUUGUUAUUCCGAUCGGCGUAGUCACAGCGACAUUUGGAUGUGCGCUAAGUAUCCAGUUUAAAACGGCCAGGUCAGUGUUCAGGUUCAUUGGCGUACACAAAAAUAGAGGUGGGGGUAAAGGGGUCAGAUCCUUUCCCCGAAAUGUCUUUUUUUACAAGUUUUGUUUAUAUAAAGUUUUUAAAUUCAGCAGAAUAGUAUCCUAUAUUACAGAAUAAAAAAAUGAAAUCUAAUUUUAUCAAAAAUCAUUUAAUUGGUAAUAAUAGUGAUAGACGAUAGUAUAGGUAUAAUAUACUGAUAAUAUGUGUUAUCCCUUACGAGAAAUUAUUAUAAGCACAAACCCCCAUACCUCUACAAAAAAAUUCUGUGUGUGCUACUGUUUAGAUCAAGACGUUUUAAGAUUAAACAUAAUCAUUCUUGAUAAACGUUGACCUACGUGUGUUAUCGCAGGUUAUGUUUUGCCGCCAGCAGGGAAGGUCAAUUUUUGGAGGUUUUCUCCUACGUGAGCGUCAAAAAUCUAACGCCCGCCCCGGCCGUCUUCUUACAGGUUAGAUAUUUAUAUUAUUUAAUAGCCAUAUAUAUAUAUAUAUAUAUAUAUGUGUUUUUUUUAAAUAUUUUUCGUUCCUGCCGCAGGGUUUACUGGCUUCUGUUUGCAUAUUGUCUGGCAAUAUUAUAUCGCUAAUCGAAUUUGUCGGGUUUUUGGCUUGGAUGUUCUUCGGCAUCUCCAUGGUGGCGUUAUUAAAAAUGCGGUGCACACAGAAAGAUAUCUACCGUCCAUUCAAAGUGAGUGCAACGUUUUCUAUAGCCGAAAAUCUCUUAUAGAUAUUAUUUUCUCACUCGUUUAUACAGUUUGUAGUUUAUUCAUGGACUAUCAAGCAGGUAUAAAAUUUGUUUGGAUGACCGAAAUAUUAAGUAUUAUAAUACUGCCCUCAUAUUACACUCGAAUCGCGAUAAUUUUUUUUUUUAAUUUUUACUCUGCAGAGUAUUUUUAUAACAAUAUAUACUAUAUGUACUACGUGUCCAUUUUGCCUUUCCUAUACAAAUAUAGGUCUAAGUAGGUUUAAUAGGGGAUUGGCAGACAAAAUCAAUAGGUCUCAAGUCAAUUAUAAUAAUUCUAAAUUAUAUAAUUUAUUUAUUUAUUUUUAAUUCAACUAACCUAACUUAAGCCAAGCCAACGUCUGGAGUAAUUAUUUUUUACUAAAUAUUCAAUAUUGAAUAAAAUUAAUAAAAUAAUUAUCAUGCUACGUGAGUUACAGAUUUUCUACUUACAAUCGCCUACUUAUGGUACUUAAUAGGUUAUAAAUGUGUUAUAAUCCGAUUUACACCUGUCCUGUUAGUUCUUUAUAAUCUAUAUCAUCAUAUUAUGUUAACUAUGUUUAUAAAUCUAUCAAUUUUAAAUGUAUUAUUGUCUGGAAAAUCUAACAGGAAGGCUAAGAUUUUCCUAGUACGAUAUUCUCCCUCUCCAACCACGGUAACAUUAUUAAAACUUAUUCUGAUUAUGAUUAUCCUAGACACUGUGACAACUUAGUACUGUUAGUUUUAAUAUUACAGUAAAUUGACUUAUAUCAAAUUUAAAAAUCAAACCAUUAUAAUAAUAUGUACACAAUGUGUAUACAACUCCGUUGGUUUUUUAAAUUUAAAUUUUUAAUGAGAUAUAAGCAAGUUUAAAUUGUAUAUGAGGGUCUGGCGUCAUCUUAAUAAGUCUAUGAUUAAAUAUCUGAUUUAUCGGAUUUUUUUUGACUAUUUCUAUGCAAUAAUAAUAAUAAUUUCUUGUUCCGUUAGGUGCCGAUCGUCAUUCCGGUGUUAGUAUUGGUUGCGUCUAUCGUUCUGUUCCUGACGCCGUUAAUCCAAUCGCCAAAACCGCAAUUUCUCAUUGCUCUGGCGUUAAUACUGUCAGCGUUUGCGGUGUACGUCCCGUUCGUGUACCAUAAAAAAAGGUGGUCGUUUGUGGGUAAGUAAUAUAUUAUGCAUAUAAUAUAGUGAUUUAUUUAUUAUGAUAACGUCGAUUUUCUCAGAGGUAUUUAAGUACAUUUGAUUUUGGUUUUUUGGUUCAAUCAUUAUGUAAUUAUUUAAGCUUUAUCUACUUUUACAUUUUUACACCCUUCCCAAUAUACUCUUAACUGCCUAGUCUGAAUUUUUUAAUUUCAAAUAAUAAUCUCACAUUUUCAACUAGCUAUCAUAAAUAGAUGAUAAUAGCGUUUCCCUACCCCUCCAGUCUAAAUUUUAAACUCAUACAAAUUGUAAAUCCAAUAUUAUUGUAUCAAAAUGUUUAGAGAAAUAUUCUAUUUUCAAAUAUAGGACGCAUAGUAUUAUCUGAAACAAUUUUUCUCAUACAAAAAUUAAAAAAAUUGAAAUAUCGUUCUAAUUUUUGCCGUUCCAUAUUUUAGAUAAUGCUCACCUCACCAAAUAUAUGGUUUAAAAAGGAGGAUUGCUAUUUGAAAAAUCAUAAAUGUGUUUGUAUUUUUGUUAGAUAUUUUAGGUGCAAAAUAAAAUUUUGGGUAAAAUUUUGAUAGUAUUCUACGAUCGGUACACAAUUCUAAAAUGACUAAAACCGCUUCUGAAUCAAUUUUACUCAAAAACUGUAGAUAUCACUGAAGCGUGAAAAAUAUAUCGGUUUUACUAUGAUUUGUUUCGUGUAUGUGUGUGUAAACAAAUUUUUUUCAUAAAAUCUGCAGGAACUGUCGCGUCUAACAUUUUUGAUAUAGUUUAUGCUCUGAGACGGUCAUUUUUACAACUUAUCAGCAAUAUAAGAGUUUUUUGUUUUGUUAUUUAACGAUUUUUUUUUCUCUGUAUAAUUUGCAGAUAAUUUUACCAGAGCCAUCGAGAAAUUAAUGGGCGUCGUGAAACCGGAUACGGACGAAACGGAAUUAGCUUGAAACAAAUAUCUGACGAAAGAAGCCGUUUAUACGUAGAAAGAAAACUAUAACAUAUAAUGUCGUAGAAAUAUUUACUGCCAAAUGUUUACCUCUACAUAUGAACAUAAUAUUAUCGUACAUUAUAUGUUAAUAGAGUAUAGAUUAGAUUUUAAUUACUAUUGUAAUAAAUAAUAAUUAUUAUUCGAUUGUUUCAUACAUCUCAUUAUAAAAAACUACAAGUACAAUUUGUUUCAAGACUGUUCAAAAUAUCUCUAAAAUUAAUAUUAUUAUUCUUAAUAUUAUUAUUGUUAUGCUUUUAAAUUACAAUUUAAAAAUUAAAGAAGUAAUAAAUAAACCUUUUCUAUCUCUCUUUUUCACACACUCGCACGAACAAUUAUAAACAAACAACUGAUCGCAACUAUAUCAAUAUUUAAUAAAAUAAUAUAUUUUGAAAAUGAAAAUAUUAAAUACACAGUCGCACAAAAAUAAAAACAAAUGACGGACAGCGUGACCGAAAAUCGAAUAAUCAUUAUUACGUCAUAACAUUUAAAUAUUCGAAACCAUCGGUUUUUUUUUUCAUUUUCGAGACAAUACCUAGGACAAUUUUUCGUGGUGAUGUUCUAUUCAUACAGGCAAUACAAUUGUAUAUAUUAUAUAUUACCGAUGACAUUUUUGACGUUGACGAGGUGUACCGAUAUUUGUGGAUAUUUUUAUCACUAUAUUAAACAUGAGUAAAUCUGACUAUUUAAUUUUUAUUCGGGAUCGUAUCGGGAUAUUUCAUUGGUAAAGUAUAUAAUCAAAGUGGUUUUCUAGGGGUAUAUUAAGUAUAUUUUAUUUUGACCACAGUUUGCAUAGUGGCGAAAUAUUAAAAGGAAAAAAAUCGUUUGCCUGUCAUUUUUCAAUCAAAGCAAGAUUUUUGGUAGAAAACAUUGUUCGCAAAAUAUAAAUUAAUUAAACAGGAACGCCAAGUUGCCAUAAAUAUUAAUUAAUUUUAAUAUUUUUGGUUUUUCCCAAUUAUUUUAAAAAUUAAUUUGAAUAUCUACUAUACAUAACUUACUAAAAUUAAUUGUCUUGAAAUACUUGCAAUAACUAAUAUAAAUGUUCUAAAUAUAACGUUAAGAUCCACGACUCUGUUCUAUGAACCUACUUGCAAACGUAAUUAUUACCUAUUCGCACCGGUUAUUUUAAUGUUAACUCUAGGUAAUAAACCUAAUAAUUUUGAAGUUUUCUUUAAUUUUCUUUUGGAGAUGAAAAAUUGUUUGAAAAAUAGUUGUAUUCUAUAGUUUUAAGUUAAAUUGUCUCGAAC